AUGGGAGAAAUGCAAUUGUAUGGUGUCGCUCUCUUCCUCUGCUUCUCUGUUUUCCUUCUCAAGUUCUUUAUUCUGCCCAAACAAGGAAAUUCCAAAAAUCUACCGCCAAGCCCGCCUGCGUUUCCGAUCAUCGGCCAUCUCCAUCUCCUCAAGGACCCAAUUUUCCUCACGCUCCACUCUCUCUCUCAGAAAUACGGAUCCAUUUUUCAUCUCCGGUUCGGGACUCGCCCGGUCCUCGUAGUCGCCUCGCUCUCGGCCGCCGAUGAGUGCUUCUCCAAAAAUGACAUUGUUUUCGCCAACCGCCCCCGCCUGCUAGUCGGAGAACACCUCCACUACAACUACACGACCAUGCCGUUGGCCUCCUACGGCGACCACUGGCGCAGCCUCCGCCGUCUCACCACUCUCGAGAUCUUAUCGACGAGUCGAGUCGGCAUGUUCGCCGGCCUCCGGCGAAAAGAGGUCCAUCUGCUGCUGAAGCAGCUGUGGGAGAUGAGCCACGGCGGGAACAAGUGGGCUAAGGUAGACGCGAGGUCAACAUUUACGGAUCUGUCACUGAAUGGCAUCCUGGGGAUGAUCAGCGGAAAGCGUUACUACGGGAGUGAUGUGACGGAGUUGGAAGAGGCUAGGGAGUUCCGGGAAAUUUUCAAGGAGUAUGUGGAUCUUCACGGGAGCUCGAACGUGGCGGACGCCUUCCCAGCGGUGCGGCGGGUGAGUUUUGUGGGAGGAGUGGAGAAGAGGAUGAAGAAGGUGAUGGAAAAGGUGGAUGGGUUCUUGGAGCACCUAAUUGAUCAGCAAAGAGAAGCAAGGAGCAGAAGCGAGUCAAAGCAAAAGAGGACUUUGAUCGGUGAGAUGCUGUCACUGCAAGAGUCUGAGCCGGAAAUGUACAGUUCCCGGAUCAUCAAAGGCGUUAUCCUGGGGGAGAUUGGGAGAGACGAUCGCUGGAGCAGGAGGGGAAGAGGAGGAGCUGGCGCAGCGGCUGGCGGCAGAGAGCAGCGGGAGAACGACUGGGAGCUGUUCGUAGAAGCAGGCAGCGGGGAAGGGGAAGAAGCCAGGAGAUCGACUGGGAGCUGUUCGCGGGAGCAAGCGGCGGGGAAGGGGAAGAAGUCAGGAGAAGAAGGAAUGAUAUCUCGUGGAUAG